AUGCGUGACGGGUCUGAAAAGGGGACAGAAAGGAACCUUGAUCAGCCGUGCGCGCUCGAGGCGCAGCAGGUAGUGGCCCGGGGGAGUGAGAACCAGGAGACCCCAGCGCCGACACAACGGUUUCCCAAAGUGACCAAACCGACUGCGCAGCCAGAGAGCGGGAGGGAAGCCCCGAGCGUCCUGCGCGUGCGCACUCUCCCCUCGGCUGUGCAUCCUGGCCUGGAGGACGCGCGCGGGGCGGGGCAGAGCGGACGCAGGGAGGGAGGCACCGCGCACGCGUAUUCUGCGCCGGGUCUUGCUGCGUCGUUUGAGAGCUGGGCGCAGGUGCGCGCAUGCGCACUGGGCGGAGGGCGCGCGUUGGCAGGUGUCUGGGCUGGGCGUCGGCGGGCAAUGGGGUUGUUGGCGCUGCUGCUCAUCGCGCUGUGCGCGCCGGGCACCCGAGGGCUCUAUUUCCACAUCGGCGAGACCGAAAAGCGCUGCUUCAUCGAGGAAAUCCCCGACGAGACCAUGGUUAUCGGGAACUACCGCACCCAAAUGUGGGAUAAGCAGAAGGAGAUCUUCCUACCCUCGACCCCCGGCCUGGGCAUGCAUGUGGAGGUGAAGGACCCUGAAGGCAAGGUGGUGCUGUCCCGGCAGUACGGCUCAGAGGGCCGCUUCACCUUCACUUCCCACACUCCUGGAGACCAUCAGAUCUGCCUGCACUCCAACUCUACCAGGAUGGCUCUCUUUGCUGGCGGCAGACUGCGUGUGCACCUAGACAUCCAGGUCGGGGAGCAUGCCAACAACUACCCCGAGAUUGCUGCCAAGGAUAAACUGACGGAGCUGCAGCUCCGAGCCCGCCAGUUGCUGGAUCAGGUGGAACAGAUCCAGAAGGAGCAGGAUUACCAAAGGUAUCGUGAAGAGCGCUUCCGUCUGAUUAGUGAGAGCACCAACCAGAGAGUCCUGUGGUGGUCCAUCGCUCAGACCGUCAUCCUCAUCCUCACUGGCAUCUGGCAGAUGCGUCACCUCAAGAGCUUCUUUGAGGCCAAGAAGCUGGUGUAGUGCCCUCUCCAUAUGACCCUUUCCUGUCACCUCAGUUGUUUGGUACUUUCCCCACCCAAUACCUUAUCCAUCUGGAUUUUGAGGGAAGAAACAGUGAAAAAAAGAAUAUAAGCCACAUUGGUUCCAUGGCAACAAAGCAUUCAGAUCAGCCACUUGUUAACACUGGUUCUCAAGGACACAGGACAUUGGUCCAAGCUUUCAAAGAUCUGUCUUGGGGUUUGUGGGGAGUCAGAACUGACCCAGGACUGUCUUGCUUCUUUCGCCACUAGUGAUUCUUCUCCAUCCUGUCACAAAAUGAGCAAAUGUCUCUCCUGCUUUAAGCUCUCUCUUCGUCUGCUUAGAAAGUAGGCGACCAAAAUGCCCCACCGAGGAGGCCCCACCUCACUGCUCCCCUGUCAGUCCUGGGUUCACUCAGUGGCUUUGUGAAUGUAAAUAAGGGGCAAAGGCCCCAGGGGACUGAAAUGUUUUUCUAUAUAUUAGAACUAUUUUUUGAUAAAAUUAUAUAUUUUCCUUCCUAGUUGAAGUGUUACUGCCUUUGUGUGACUAGCUAAAAACACCAAUGCAGUCCCUUCUGCAUUGUUUAUCCAUGCAUUCUUGAUAACUAACUACCGUGGCAGCUCUCAGGAUUUCAGUUCUCAGGGCCAGAAAGCAGACAUGACAGCUGCUCUCAAGGCCUAAUCAGAGGGCCAGGCAGAGACUUCUCUGGGACACCUGUGAUUUCCAUCACACAGGGCCCGAGUUCAGACUGAGGCAGUCACAGAGCUGGCACAAGGCAGGGCACUCUUACCCUUCCAUUUCCCUUAACCUUUAUUUAAGCUGUGGUAAAUGUUUUCUUCAUGGGAACCAGAUUUGGUUCUUUAUACAGAUUUUUCCAGUGAAAUAAAGCGUGUUGUAGUA